AUGGCGCAGCAACCAGCGUGCCUGUUUCACUCACAGUUCACAUCAUUCACUGUUUGUAGUCAUUCACUACAGUAUUUUGGUUGUUUUGUUUACAUAUUCCACGAGUUGAAGCAUCAAUUUUGAUUAAAAAAUGGGUCAAUCGGACGAUAUCGAAGAUUCUACGUACAGUAGACAUCAGGAUUUGUGUCAAAAGCUUAAUAUGGAUGCAACGGCUGCAUCGGAAGCUUGGAGAUCUUAUUCAACGAUUCGACAAAAUUAUACACUUGAGGGAGAUCAGUUGCAUUGGAUUGGCUGCGCCUUAUACGUGGCUUGUCGUGAAUCUUCGACUCCCACGGUGGGAAAGCCAGGCUCCAACGUUGAGGGUAAUUGCGUAUCCCUGACUCGUCUACUUCGACUCUGCAAUUUAUCCCUCAUCCAGUUUUUCAAUAAAUGCAAAUCAUGGGCAGAUAUGGCGAAUAUGCCACCGAAUUUUCGUUCAAAGAUUGAUAAAAUCGAGCGAAAUUUUAACGUAUCGAUGGUGAUUUUUCAAAAGUAUCAGCCAAUUUUCACUGAUAUUUUUAAAAAUCCAACUGAGGACAGUUCAAAGCCAGCAAGAACACGCAGACACAAGACAGUACCAUGCACACCAGCUCGAGCCUUUGAAUUUGGCUGGUCACUCUUUAUUUGCGUCAAAGGAGCCUUUCCAGAUAUCUCUGAUGAUCUUGUUAAUUCCUACCACUUGUUAUUGGUAUGCUGUGACCUCAUUUACAGCAAUGCCUUGCUUGCCAAUAGGAAAGACUUGUUGAAUCCCAAUUUUCCGGGCUUACCACCCAACUUCAAUGAUGAUAAUUUCUUGCCUCCAAGAACGGCCGAUUGCAUUUUACAUCUAUUGUGCGAACGUCAUGAAGCUAUCGGAGUUGAGGCCAAGGUCAUUAAACAAUACACAUUGAGGAAUCACUUGAACAAGCUGUUCAAUGAGAAAAUUCUUCGUGGCGAUCAAUCCAAUUUUUCGGGAAUUUUGGAGGCCCUCAAUUUUGAGGGAAAUAACAAGGCAAUUAACAGAGCAUAUGAGCAGCAUGUUCUCAACGUUGGGGAUUUCGAUGAGAGAAUUUUUUUGGCCGAGUGGAGGAGAGUGAAUCAAAUUGGCGUGUCGAGUGUGGAAGUUGUUGGCGAGGACAUUGCCAUUCGGGCUAAAAUUCCAAGACCGUUGGUAAUCAGAGGUGACAAUGCGAGUGAGAAUAUCGGUUCUCCUACUAAAAUGUUGAACGUGACAGAUCUUCAGGAGCAAUGCCAGAUGAAACGCGAACAAAUCAGGGAUCUAGCACCACCGACACCUCUUACAGGUCGAAAAUAUCUCAGAACAAAGGACAUGACUAGCGUAACCCCAGUGGCAACAGCAACCCAGAGUGUUAUUCACCUGCAGGCACUAUUGGCUGGACGUCAACCAGCUCCCAGUGAUAUUUUGCUUGAUAUGUUUAAGAGUUGUGCAACAGACGUUACCACUCUAGUUGAAGUUAAAGUCAAGGAAAUUGGAGAACGCUUCUGUGCUACAUACAGCCAGAAUUCUGAGGAGGGUGAUACAUUGAAUCUUGAUUUCGGUAAGAAGAGACUUAUUCUCGCCCAGACGCUUUUCUACAAGGUACUGGAAAUGAUUUUGACUGACGAAAAGAAGAUUAAGCCUGAUUAUGACAUAACAAAUCUACUGACCAACGAGGUUUUCCUCCAAUGCCUGUUCGCCUGCUGUUUGGAAAUAGUUAUUUGGUCGUACAAGAACAAGGAUCGAACUUUUCCUUGGAUUCUCAAUGCACUCAAAGUCGAGCCGUACAAUUUCUAUAAAGUAAUAGAGGUGAUUGUUCGCGCUCAACACCUAGCCAGAGACAUUGUCAAGCACUUGAACGACAUCGAAGAAAAAAUACUCGAAUAUCAGGCAUGGAAAUCCAACAGCCCUCUGUGGCAAGCAAUUGAAAAUACUCCUGGAAGUGUACCAAGCUGUGAAGAGGUUUCCCUACCCGGUACUCUAGAUUCUGUCGAUUCAAAUGCACCAGAACAACCGCUUCCUGUCUGCCGAAGAAUUGUUCUGGACCGAGGCACACCACAUCAUGAUGUACAUCAGAGUCCAAUAUCAACAGCAUCGGAGAGGUUUCAGUCACCUGGUGCAACAUCUGGUGUUGCUAAGAAACGCCUGUUCACCGAUAGUACCGGAAGAAUCAGCGGACAGAGUCUUCUCAAAGAUAAAAUACCACACAAAGUGAUGAUCGAUGGCAGUUCAAGAGUUUACCUGGCUGUCUCGCAAUUAGAUCAGAGCUCAAACUCAAGUAGAAAAAAUUCCCUCACAUCAAAUGUAACUCGCGAACCCACUAAGCCACGAAAAACCGGUUCUGUUGCCUUAUUUUUCCGUAAAUUCUACAUUCUCGGAUCAAUUCGCAUGCAGACCCUCUGCAGCUCCCUCGCUGUCAAUGAUGUUGAUUUGAAAAAGAAGAUCUGGACUAUUUUUGAAUAUUCCAUCAAGGAUCGAACUGAACUGAUGAAGGACCGACAUCUAGAUCAGAUUCUCAUGUGUGCUGUCUAUGUUGUUUGUAAACUGGCACAAAUUGAAAGAAAUACAUUCACCGAAAUCAUGAGAUGUUACAGAUUUCAGCCUCAAGCCGAGUCUCACAUUUACAGAUCGGUUCUAAUAUCCAAAGCUAAUAGGAGUGAUAGAAAUACCAUUGACAAUGAGCCACAUAGUGUAAAUGGUGAUGUUGAGUCUUCAGUAGAGAAUCAAAGCAACAAUGCACCUCCGACACCCUCCAACAUGGCUGGAACGUCUCAGACGUUUGGCGAUGAGAUACGAGGGGAUCUUAUCAAAUUCUACAAUGCUGUCUACGUACCUAAAGUCAAAGAAUUUGCAACAUUAUCCCGUGGAAGUAAUUCAACAUUUUCACUGAGUCCACUACCGAGAAGCAAACCAUCCACGAGCUCACCAAUGAGACGUGUUACAGCCUGCGUUGUAACACGAACUCUCGAUCCAAAAGCUAUCCCAGCCUCUGUUGCACCACAGCUCAGUUACUGCUUCAGUCGCAGUCCCGCGAAGGACCUGGAGGCUAUCAAUAGGAUGAUGAUCUCUGUCGAUUCACGAAAGGCUGUCGGAAAACGACUGCUCUCAGAUGACAUGGAUGUUGACGUGGCAACUGAAAAUAGUUCCCCAACGAAGAAAGUCACAACAGCCCCAUAUCUAGCAAGAAAACUUGAACAUAUCAUCGGGGAACGACGAACGCAAAAUCAGUAAAAGUAGGCAUGUGUCAUUGGCAAGAUUAUAUAUCUUUACCAAUACAAUGCUUUAUACUAUCCAACCAUUUUUAUUAUCUAUUAUCUAGCGAGGUCUCUAGCAUUAUGCAAAAUUAACUCGAUUGGCUACAAUUAUUGUGACAUCUGCAGUGUAUGUCGGUGGAUUCAUUUAGUUGAAU